AUGUCUGCCAGAUACGAAUCAUCCAGCUCUGACGCCUCUCCUCUAGGAAAACCCCUCAAAUAUGAGUUUUCCGGCAAAGUCGCACAAAACAGAUUCUUGAAGGGAGCCAUGACCGAACGCCUAUCAUCAUGGGACCCAAAAGACUUCAAGGCUAGAGGAAUUCCUUCCUUGGACCUCAUCAAUCUUUACAAGAGAUGGGGCGAGGGAGAAUACGGGCAGAUUUUGACCGGAAACUUCAUGAUUGAAUACGAUCAUUUGGAAGCCAUGGGUAAUCCAAUCAUUCCAUUGGAGGCUCCAUUUGAGGGCGAAAGAUUCGAGCGAUUUGCAGCAAUGGCAAAGGCAGGAAAAGCUCAUGGAAGUUUGAUGGUUGCACAAGUAGGUCACCCUGGACGACAGGCCCUAAGUCAGGUCCAAGCAUAUCCUAUUUCUGCUAGUGAUAUUCAAUUAAAAGGAACCUUGGGCAUGACUUUCAACAAACCCCGCCCGGCAACACAAGAAGACAUCAACGGCAUAGUGGACAAAUUCGCCCAUGCAGCAGAAUAUCUCGAGAAAGCUGGUUAUGAUGGUAUCCAACUCCACUGCGCACAUGGUUACCUCCUCGCACAAUUCCUCUCCAAUACUACAAACAAGAGAACAGACAAAUAUGGUGGACCUCUUGAGAACCGAUUCCGAAUCAUCCAAGAAAUUUCGGACGAAAUUCGAAAGAGGGUCAAGUCAGAUUUCAUUGUUGGUAUCAAGAUGAACAGUGUGGAAUUUCAGGAAGAUGGGUUCACACCUGAAGAUGCUAAGGCUACGUGUCAAGCACUUGAGGGUGCAAGAUUCGAUUACGUGGAGCUCUCUGGUGGAACAUAUCAAGAACUCGGCUUUGCUCACAAGCGUGAAUCGACCAAGAAGAGAGAAAACUUCUUUUUGGAAUUCGCCGAGGAGAUUGUCAAGCCUUUGACCAAGACAAAGACAUAUGUUACCGGUGGAUUUAAGACUGUGGGUGCCAUGGUUGCCGCUUUGGAUACCGUUGAUGGUGUUGGGGUUGCAAGAUCCACUGCACAAGAGGUCAAACUUGCUAAGGACAUCUUGGAAGGAAGAUAUACUGGUGUUAAGAAAAUGGGCCUAGAUGAUGAUGAUUUCAUGCUCACUGCCGAUGCGUCUGGAACUCAGAUGAAACAGGUUGGGAUGGAUCAAGAACCUCUUGAUUUGAGUAUUGAGGAGAAUGUAGAGCUCUUCGUAAAAGCAACUGAGGUUUGGCGUGUGAAGAGGGCUGAGGAUAAGGAGCUGAAGGAGUAUGGGUUCAUGGCUUGGACAGAGAGUGCUCACCCAUAUGUAUGCUAA